AUGUCUUCAAUAUCAUCUUCCACUGUCCCUCCUAAAACAAACUAUGAUGUGUUCCUCAGUUUUAGAGGUGUUGAUACCCGCUUGAAUUUUACUAGCCAUCUUUAUGCUGCUUUAAGGCGAAAGCAUAUCACAACAUUUAUUGAUUAUACUGGUCUUGAGACAGGAGAAGAGAUAUCUCCAAAUCUUUUGAAAGCUAUUGAAGAAUCGAAGAUGUCAGUCAUCAUUUUCUCCAAAAAUUAUGCCUCCUCUCAAUGGUGUUUGGAUGAACUAGUCAAGAUAAUGGAGUGCAUGAAGUCAAUUGGACAGAAGGUUUUACCAAUUUUCUACCGUGUAGACCCUUCUGAUGUUAGAAACCAGACUGGAAAUUUUGGAGACGGAUUUCGAAAAGUUAAAGAACAAUUUCAGGAGGAUGCAGAGAAGAUUGAUAGGUGGAUCACUGCUUUGACGAAAGCAGCCAAUCUAUCUGGAUGGGAUUCGAACAAUUACAGGUAUGAAUCAGAAUUAAGUGAGGGAAUCGUUAACCGGAUCUUGAAGAAAUUGUAUCCUGCAUAUUAUAGUGUUUGCAGUAACUUGCCUGGGAUUGACUUACACAUCAAUAAUCUUUUGUCAUUGUUAUCUAAAAAGGUUGCAUCAAAAGGUGUUCGCUUUAUUGGAAUUUGGGGAAUGGGAGGUAUAGGAAAGACAACCAUUGCUGAAGUUCUUUUCAGUCGAAUAUCUGAUAAAUUUGAUUAUUGUUGCUUUCUCAGCAAUAUCAGGGAAAAAUCAGAAAAAUAUGGACUAUUUCACUUGCGAAAAUGUCUUUUUUCGGAACUUCUACAAAAUGAAAAUUUGAAUCUGGAAAUGUACCAUGUACUUCCAACUAUUGUUUUGGAUAUGCUUCGUCGAAAAAAAGUUUUCAUUGUUCUUGAUGAUGUUAAUGAUUCCGAUCAAUUAGAGGCUUUAGCUGGACAUCAUGAUUGGUUUGGUCCUAGAAGUAGAGUUAUUAUGACUAGUAGAGACAAAGAAGUACUUGACAAUGGAGUUGACAUAACAUAUACGGUCGAGGGCUUACAAUACCGUGAUGCUCUUAAAUUAUUGAGUAUGAAAGCCUUCAAGCAAAAGCAUCCUCCAAAAGAUUUUAUACAGUUGUCAGAAAGGGUAUUGAAUUAUGCUAAAGCUGUUCCAUUAGCUCUUAAAGUUUUGGGUUCCCAUCUAUGCAAAAGGUUAUGCAAAAGGUCUCCAAAGGAAUGGGAAAGUGUAUUGGACAAACUAAAACAAUUCCCUGAUUCUAAGAUUCAGAAAAUCUUAGAAGUAAGUUAUGAUACACUAGAACAAAAUGAGAAGGACAUAUUUCUUGAUGUCGCUUGUUUCUUCAAAGGAGAAGAUAAAGAUUGGGUGGAAGAUAUACUAAAUGGUUGUGGUCUUGCUGCAAGCAUGGGAAUAAAUCGUCUAAAGGAUAAGUGUCUCGUAGUCAUUGUUCAAAGCAACUUAGAGAUGCAUGACUUGAUACAAGAAAUGGGUCAGGAUAUUGGAAGGGGUAGCCGAUUAUGGAAUCCCAUGAACAUAUGUGAUACCUUGACAACUGAGACCAUGAAAGAGGCAGUUGAAGGCAUAUUCUUGGACAUGUCUAAAAUGGGAAAGGUACACUUGAAUCAUGCAACCUUCUCAUGGAUGCCUAACUUGAGAUCGCUGAUAUUUUUUAGGUCUCAGUAUUGUUCCAAAAACAAGGACACUGGCUUCAUGCUUGAAUCUCCACAAUCGAAUUAUUUGCAGUAUCUUUCUAACAAGUUGAGUUUACUUCAUUGGGAAGAAUACCCUUACAAAUCUAUGCCAUCAAGUUUUUUCAUGGAGAACCUUGUUCAACUUGACUUGCGAGAGAGUAGGAUUGAACAACUUUGGACUGGAGAUAAGUGUCCUCAGCAAUUAAAAUAUCUCAAUCUUUUUGGAUCCAUGCAAUUAACCAGGCUUCCAAAUCUCUCUUCAGCAACAAAUUUGGAGUGGAUGAAUCUUGGGCUUUGUAUGAGGUUGAUUGAGAUUCCCUCAUCGAUUCAGUGCCUCCUUAAGCUCGAUUGA